CUGCUAAUGUAAACAGCUGCAGUUGAAAGAAAAAGUGAUGGACCUGUUAACCUUGAUCAAGAAGAAGUCAUCGCCCCUUAAAAAGCUGGAAAUUGCCAUUGAAGAGAACAACAUCAAGGAACUCAAAGAAGUGCUAGAAAGUGGUGAGGUGGAUCCAAACACCGAAAUACAGAAACACGGAGGGAACUGUGCUGUACACAUUGCCGCGCAUAAAGGCUUAUUUCUCUGUGUAGAAACUUUGUUGGAGUAUGGUGCAGACCCUGACAAAACCAACCAUUUCAACCUAACACCCCUUUACAUUGCACUCAGGAGAAACUAUGCAAAAUGUGUGGAGAUUCUUUUACGAGUAAACCGAGUGCUUAUGAGUAUAGACCCGGUUUGGAUGCAGAUGGAUAAUGCUCAGAGAGUAUGGAAUGAUGCUAAAGAUAUCAUGAUUUGUGUCUUGGUAAAAGCCACACCGAACUUAGUGAGGUGCAGGAGUAACACACGGAGUAAUUUAUUCUUUCUGUGUAAAAACAAAAGUAUGUACGGUAGCCUGCGUUCUAUGACAAUUGCUGGAUAUAAAUUUAGUGAUGAAGAAAAAACCCACUUUAUGAAGUCAUCUGUUGAAGGAGACAAGUCUUUUUAUGAAUGGUUAGACAAUUAUCAAAAACGGCCUCAACGAUUAAUGCAUUACUGUAGAUUAACAAUACGCCAAAGUUUUUGUGGCAAUUGUAAUGUGUUCUAUGGUGUUGAGCAGUUAAAAAUCCCUCGUCUUCUUAAGAACUAUAUUAAAAUACAGGAUAUCAAUGAAAUUGAUGAAUGAAUGAAAAGCAGGAAAGAGUGUCUGUGAACAUCAUCAAUGUCUUAAUUUUAUCUUGAAAAAUAUUGUUACACAUUUUUUCGUACUACAGCUGUAUUUCAUGAAAUCAUGCAUAUUAAAAUCUGACAUAUUUUAUAAAUUGUG